ACUAGGGUAGGGAUUCUAGGGAAGCUGAAUGCUGCAGCGAACGAAUGUUGUGUCACGCGACCAGCUGAGCAAGAGAACCGAAGAGAGAUGAGGACGUCGAAGAAAUAGCGGAAUGCAGCAAAGGCCGAAAGACAGACGGUGAUCUCUCCUUCUUUACCUCGUUACGAUUAAACAUAUGUAAGCUAAAUAAAAGUUGGAAUGUUUAAAGAUUCGGAGCAGAAUACCAAAUUGCCUUUAAUUACCGCUAUCAGGAGAUAGCCAGUGGCAUGACAAACUCUUCACGGGUGAAAGCGACCGUCAGGAAGAAGAAAAAAUGCAUCGGGCAAGCAGCUACGAUUUUAGCUUCUUCCUACUGGCGGUUAUUAGCCUCCACACCCCCGCGGCCUUAUCGGCGAUUUCAGAUGGAAACAGCACGGAAAACGGCACGGUGGCUGAUGGUGGAUUUGUCCCCCUCGUGUUCUCGAAAGUAAGCCAGAUCAUCGCCCGCGAGGGCAACUGCGCGCUUAUUGAUUGCAACGUCACUGGAGACCCUGACCCGAAUGUAAAGUGGUUCAACUCGCAUGGAGACCUGCUAGACACUGAGACAAGUGGCAAGUGGCUGCUGACAGACGAUGGCAUCCUCAACAUCACCGACAUCAGGUUCGCCGACCGCGGCAAGUACACGUGCAUGGCGUCCAACGUGCACGGCAGCGCCAACUGCACGGUGACCAUGCGCGUGGUCCUGCACAACGGGGACCUGGGGGCCUACUACGUGAUCGUGUGCCUCGUCACCUUCACCAUCAUCAUGAUCCUCAACAUCACGCGCCUCUGCAUGAUGAGCAGCCACCUGAAGAAGACUGAGAAGGCCAUCAACGACUUCUUCCGCACAGAGGGCGCCGAGAAGCUCCAGAAGGCGUUUGAGAUCGCCAAGCGUAUCCCCAUCAUCACGUCAGCCAAGACCCUGGAGCUGGCCAAGGUGACCCAGUUCAAGACCAUGGAGUUUGCCCGCUACAUCGAGGAGCUGGCCCGCAGCAUCCCGCUGCCCCCCCUCAUCAUGAAUUGCCGCACCUUCAUGGAGGACAUCCUGGAAGUGGUGGGGGUUGAGGAGAUGAGGCACACGUUCCUCCGCCAGGCCCCAGAGGGGAACCACCUGGACGGGGCAUCGGGAUGCCGGGCAGCCCUGGUGCAGGGGGCCCUGGUCGGGGUGGGGCCCGGCGACGUCUUCACCAUCCUCCGGGAGAGGGAGCGUUCCGGAUCCCCUGCAGCGGAUUCCGACGACGCAUCGUUGCACGAGCAGCCUCAGCACAUCGCCAUCCAGGUGUCCAUCCACCCCCCACUGCCCAUGGAGGCCCCGGCUCUGGCCGAGGCCCCGCCCACUCCCUCAUCUCCUCCGCCGUUGGCUCCCCUGCACCUAGAGGAGGAGGAGGAGCAUCAAGAGGACCAGAGUUCCGAGCAGGAGCCAGUGGAGGAGGCAGGGGGGGAGCUGGAGGCAGAGGUGGAGCCAGAGGUUACUACUAAACUACAGCCUGGUCAGGUGAUCUAUGAAAGCCAUGUGUAAACAACAGAAAAGAGAGAAAACAACAAACGCUCCCGAGGAGGGAUGAAUGAUCCUGUCCUAUGCAUUUCCCAACCCAACCCCACCCUCAAAAACAUAGAAUAUGUCAAGAAAAGGUCAUUUUAUUUCACUUUGCAACGGAACUAGUUUAAAACUCGAACCUAGCUAUGUAUGUAGGUCUGUCUCUGGAUUAUAUUAUAAUAACCUAGUCUGGAUUACAAUAAAUUUACUUGAUAAGACAUUGCGUAUCAUCAUCCUUCAUGCUUAUGGAUCUACAUGUUGAAUGUAUUGUGGGAGAGGAGAGGAUAAUCAAUAUUUGAUAUGCGUAAGUAUAAAGCAUUGUAUAGGGCUAUUUAAUUUGUUCGUAUUAGUGAGCAGGGGAAAAAAUAGCUGUUUGUUAUUCGAUUCUAGCAUUCUCGAAAAUCGAUUUUCAGGAAAUCGACUUAUUGAUGAUUAUGCUCUUAUUUCGUUGCAGCAUUCUGUUUCAUUAUAAAUUCAUAAAUUAGCUCCAAGCUUACUUCGUGCAAUCACUGUUACUAAGCAGACCACAAAGGCUUUUUUUGUUUCAAUUUCAAAAGAUUGCACAUCAUCCUACCACUGUUACAACCAACCUGAACCUUCAAAUGCAUGCUGGACUUUAGACUUUAGAAGUGUGGUCUUUAGUCAAAUGUGUUCAUUUAAACUCUAUAUAAGUGAGUUAUAUAGACUAAUAUAUUAACAACUGAAUUAUUGGAUCAUGACUAACAUUUCAGUGGAUGAUUGAAGACUAGUUGUUUCAGGCCUUCUGGUCUGCGAUACAUUUAAUUAAUAAUCACAUGACCACUAUAGCCUUUCUAGUAAGUGGUUCAUUGAAACGUUUCUGAAAAAUUGCAUUAGACAUUAUUAUGACCCACUGUGGUGUAUUUUGAUCAUGCACAAGUUGUUAGAUGUUUUACCAUUUUGCCUUCUUUAUGGUCCCUAAUAUGUUUCCUAGUAUGCAAUAUUACCCCCCAUUUUUUUUGUGGAAUGUUUUAAUUAGGUUUAUCUCGUUUUAAAUGGGUCUCAAACCCCAACCCUCUUCCCCCUCUUCUGUACAUGCUUUAAUAACAGAGGCUAGAUGUGAAAUGAGAGUGACGUAUUGGGAUUAGUCUUUAACAGGACUAAAAAUACUUUCCUUCUGCUUAAUAGUCGGGGGGAGGGAGGGGGGUUCGAUGUUGCUCUGCUUUAAAUUAUGCUCGAUGGCUCUUUUUUUGUAGUGAAAAUAAAAUCUGUCUCCUGUGUUA